AUGUCAAACAUAACUGCAGUUAUUCGACAUUCUGGGUUUUGGAACGCUGAGAAUUGUUUUGUGAAUUACACAAUAGAUGCAAUCAUUUUCAAAGAUUAUGCCUCGUAUGAUGAUUUAGUUCUUUUGCAAUAUCAAAUCAGAUACACCAUUAUGUGUAUUUCGGAACAAUGUGAGUGGAAAUUAAAGGCUUCAAGUAUUAACAGAUCAACAAUGUUCAAAAUCAGAGAGUUUGUGGACAAACACACUUGUCCGUUGAAGGAUACAGUGUAUUAUUUUAAUCAAGCAAGUAGUGGUUUUGUAGCAGGCAUUAUUAAACCAAAAAUAACAAAUUAUAAGAGGAAGUACACGCCAAGGGAUAUAAUAGAUGAUGUGAUAAAUGAAUUUGGUGUGGAAGUGUCUUACAUGAAGGCUUAUCGUGCUAAAGAAAAGGGUGUGACGGAGUUGAGGGGGGAUCCAACUGAUUCACACAAGAAAUUACCUGGAUAUGUAUACAUUUUGGAUAAAACGUACCCAGGUUCUCAUAUAAGAAUGCUCAAAAAUACUGGGAAUGAGUUCUUGUAUCUGUUUGUUGCACUGUAUGCCUUUAUAAAAGGGUUCGACUAUUGUCGUCCCAUCAUAGUUGUAGAUGGCAGCCAUCUCAAAUCAGAAUACAAUGGGACAUUUGUUUCGUUGAAGGAAGCAUAUGGGAUAUGGGAGAACAUGUGUAUUGUGUCUGAUAGACAUGAAAGCAUCAUCAAGGCUGUAUCUAGAAUUUAUUUUGGUGUUCCUCAUUUUGCGUGCAUAUGGCAUCUUUGGAAGAAUAUAUACAGUAGAUAUAGGAAAAGUCACGAGAUGUUGAGUGGAGUGUUCUAUUCAAUGGCAAACGCAUACGCACAAGAAGAGUUUGAUAAGUUAAUGGAAAAGGUUAAGAAGUUGGAUAUUCGUGUGAAGGAAUACUUGGAUUUGGCUGGAAGGGAAAAGUGGGCUAGGCUUUAUGCUCUAGUUAACAGAGUAUGGACUAUGACAUCAAAUAUUGUUAAGUCUAUCAAUUCAGCAAUCGUGCAAGCAAGAGAAUUUCUAAUCUAUGAUUUCCUUGAAGAAGUUAGGAAGAAGUUAGGAUGA